AUGGUUGUAUCAAAUAUUGGUGAGUACUGGAAAGAUACAUAAUUUUGAAUGUAAAUAUAGAUUAUAUAAAUUUCAAUAUGAAAAUGUCCUACUUUUCCAGAAUCCGAAAAAGAAUCGUUCAAAUCGCCAAAAUCACUUCGAGAUGAUCCAAAUUCGUCAAUUCCAAACCCAGCUUUAUCACCAAAUAUUUGUCAAAAAUCGAUCAAGAAAACACCACCAAAAAUCCGGGAAAAUUUACGCGAAAAAGAUGGAUUUCGAAAUUCGUGGGAAUUUAUUUUGACAGCGAUGGGUUUGAGUGUUGGAUUUGCAAAUAUUUGGAGAUUUCCACAAAAGGCACUGGAAAAUGGUGGAUGUUAGUGAGAUUUUUUGGGGAAAAGGGGGGGGGGGUACUGUAGAUACAGUAGUUUUCCAACUCUAAUCUUUGCAGCCGCCUUCCUAAUUGUAUACAUAAUUUGUGCCAUAUUCUUUGGUCUUCCCACAAUUUAUCUCGAAUUUUUCAUCGGUCAAUAUCAUCAAAUUUCUUCGCCAAUCAUUUUCCAACGAAUUUGUCCAAUUUUGGAAGGAAUUGGAUGGAUGUCUAGUAUUUUAUCGAUUUUUUCAUCAAUUUAUUAUCUGGUUAUAAUUUCGUGGAUAUUGAUUUUUAUGAUUAAUUUGUUUCGAGGAGAUUGGAAAAUUUGGAAUAAAUGUGAUAAUUUAUGGAAUGAUCCGGAAAGUUGUUGGAGAAACACAUUAUGUGCAAAUAAUUCUUUGGAACCCGAAUUUGAAUUUGAAUCUGGAUUUGAAUACGAAAAUUCAAAAAAUCAAUGGAUCUUGUGA